UCAAGAUGGCAGCCCGCAGAUCUGAAAACGUGUUGAAUUUAGAAGGUUGCAAUUACUUCCGCCAGCGGCUUAUCUUGGCCACAUUGAGUGGAAAAUCAAUCAGAAUAAAGAAAAUUAGACACAAGGAUGAUGAACCGGGUAUAAGAGAGUUUGAAGCAAGCUUUAUUCGUCUGAUAGACAAGGUAACCAAUGGUUCCAGAAUUGAGGUGAAUGAAUCAGGUAAGCCUAUCAUUGGUGGCUGUGUUGACUCAAGACAUCAAAGUUUAGCUUUGUUAUUAAUGGUCCUUGGCGAAAAAGAUAUUUCGAAAAUAUUGACUGGCCCUCUGUCAACGUACACAAUUCAGUUUUUAAGGCAUCUUCGAGAUUUUUUUCAAGUGAUGUUUAAAAUUGAGACUCAGUUGGCAGAUGAAGAUGAAGACAGAAACACUGGUGGUGAUAAAAUUGUAUUGUCUUGUCUUGGAGUUGGAUUUUCAAAUCUCAAUAAAACUAUACUCUGAGACACUUUGUGUAUUUUUUCCUUCCAUGUUUAUUAAGCGUGGUGCAAAAAUCAGGAAUAUAGAACAUAUGAUGUAUCAGACUGCAAAACAAACAAAAGCAGUCUUUGCAGUUAACUUGUCUAUUUACAUGUGUUUAUAAUUGUAUGUCUGUCUGUAUGUCCAUCCGUCCCUCCAAAAUUCACCUCUUCAACUAUUGUACAAAUGUUUUUAAAAAUAAUUCAUCAUAAUUAAAGGGCUCAUACCACUAAUUGAAUAUUAA